GAGCAGCUGGGGCGGAGCCUGGCGUCCCCUCCCGUGUCCGGCCGCGCCCGUCCUCCGGGCAGCCAAGAGAAAACUGGCCGCCGCCGCCGCCGCCACAAGCUGUCCCUACAGAGCGCCUGCCCCAGCGGAGCGGGCCGCACUGCGCUCCGGCGCCCCGCGUGUCCCCGGCCUCCGCCCCAGCGUGGGGUCGCCAGGCCCGCGCGUGCGCAGCGCGGGAGGGGCGCGGGCCGGGACCCCCGGGCCAGCGCGUGCGCGGACAGAGCCCUGAGAGGUGGGCGGGCGCGGGGACUAGGCUCCCGGUGCGGCGGGCCCACUGAGGAGACCGGGGGGGGCAGAGGAACGCGGACCGACCGCGCUGGACCGGGCCAUGGCGUUCCUGGCCGGGCCGCGCCUGCUGGACUGGGCCAGCUCGCCGCCUCACCUGCAGUUUAACAAGUUCGUGCUCACUGGCUACCGGCCGGCCAGCAGCGGCUCGGGCUGCCUUCGUAGCCUCUUCUACAUGCACAACGAGCUGGGCAACAUCUACACGCACGGACUGGCCCUGCUGGGCUUCCUGGUGCUGCUGCCCAUGACCAUGCCCUGGGGUCAGCUGGGCGAGGAUGGCUGGCUGUGGGGCACACACUGUGUGGCCUGCCUGGCCCCCCCUGCAGGCUCUGUGCUCUAUCACCUCUUCAUGUGCCACAAAGGGGGCAGCCCUGUGUACACCCGGCUCCUUGCCCUGGAUAUGUGUGGGGUCUGCCUCAUCAACACUCUCGGGGCCCUGCCCAUCAUCCACUGCACCCUGGCCUGCCGGCCCUGGCUGCGCCCCGCUGCCCUGCUGGGCUACACCCUGCUGUCGGGUGUGGCUGGCUGGCGGGCCCUCACCGCCCCCUCCACCAGUGCCCGGCUCCGCGCCUUUGGCUGGCAAGCCGGCGCCCGCCUCCUGGUGUUCGGGGCCCGGGGAGCAGGGCUGGGCUCCGGGGCUCCAGGCUCCCUGCGCUGCUACUUGCGCAUGGACGCGCUGGCACUGCUUGGGGGGCUGGUGAACGUGGCCCGCCUGCCGGAGCGCUGGGUACCCGGCCGCUUCGACUACUGGGGUAACUCACACCAGAUCAUGCACCUGCUCAGCGUGGGCUCCAUCCUCCAGCUGCACGCUGGCGUCGUGCCCGACCUGCUCUGGGCCGCCCGGCACACCUGCCUCCCAGACUGAGCCAGGCUUCUAGGGCCAACGGCGCCAUGCUUUCCGCUGGCCUGCAAGGGGAUGGCUCCCUGGACGCUUCGCAAACGGGACUUCCCGGCAGGGGCCUCCGUCCGUUCAUCCCAUCUUCCCUGUGGACUAGCUGCUGCUACUCACACCUUGGAGCUCCAGUGGCCCUGCCUGCCUUCUUCCAGGGAACUUAGUCUUACUGCUUAGGUUGAAAGGCAACCUUCCUUUCUCUGGGCCUCCGAUUACCCUCUGUGACUUCUGAGAUUUGAGCCAAAGGGAUAGCUGUGAUCCUGCCAGCCCAGAGCCAUCGCUCACCCUGGGCCUCCUCGGAACCUCACUUAAGGCUCCUCACGGCUGCCCAGCCUCCUGCCCUUGCUUCAUGGCCUCUGUCCAUCCGCCCUGUAGGCCAGCCCUCCCAGCAGCCCGACGUUCGCCCGCCGGUUUUCCCUUCUGUCUGGAGACUGUGGAUUGAGGGGUCUGGGCAUCAGGACUAGACUCACCCCUGGACCUAGGAGCAGGAGGUCAGCUGCUGCUUUUUCCAGGCAACUGGCAGAGAGACCUAAAGCACUGGCCGGCCCUGGACCCUGCCCUUCUGGGCUGAGGGCCCACCCUCCACCUUAAGUGAGUGCUCUGACAACUGACCUGCCCACCAGCGACACACCUGCUCAGGAACUCUGCCCCACACAGUCGGUGGCUCCCAGUUCAUCUGCUGGCCUGGGGCUUGGGGACUUGCAGCAGAGCUCAGCCUGUCCCAGGGGCCUCAGGCCCUAGGCGACGUCAAUAAAAGGGUGCAGGAAGCACUGUGUUGCCACACAA